UUCAGUCCUAACGGUUGCCGCGCGGCGCUGGCCUCGGCGCAAGCGCGUACUGACACGCUCGCACGCACGCACGCGCCCGAGGCGGUGGUUGGAGGCUCUCCACGCAGUGGACUAGGGAUCGGGCGGGCAAGGCGAUGGGCGAGGCUGAAACACCUUCCUUCGAAAUGACCUGGAGCAGCACGACCAGCAGUGGCUACUGCAGCCAAGAGGACUCGGACUCGGAGCUCGAGCAGUACUUCACGGCGCGUACCUCGCUGGUCCGCAGGCCGCGCCGGGACCAGCUACGGCCUUUCUGAAGCCAACAGGAAGUAAGAUUCAGCAGUGAGGUCAAGUGAGUUUGGUAGAGGAAACUCAAUUCAGAGUCCUGGCUGCCCUGAGCCGAACUCCACCCUCCAAGCAAAAGUCUAGUCCCUGAAGAACUUUGUCUCUGGGCUAAAUCUUCAGACAGCAAGGGGAAGAGCAGAAGCUUACCUGCUUACUACUGGAUGAGGCUGUAGAGCGGGAGACACCUGAUCUUUCUCAAGCUGAGACUGAGCAGAAAAUCAAGGAUUACAAUGGCCAGAUCAACAGCAACCUCUUCAUGAGCUUGAAUAAGGAUGGCUCCUACACAGGCUUCAUCAAGGUUCAGCUGAAACUGGUACGCCCUGUUUCAGUGCCUUCCAGCAAGAAACCACCUUCCUUACAGGAUGCCCGGAGGGGCACCGGGCGGAGCACAGCUGUGAGGCGCCGCACCUCUUUUUACUUGCCUAAGGAUGCUGUUAAGCAUCUGCACGUUCUAUCACGAACACGGGCUCGUGAGGUCAUUGAGGCCCUGCUUCGCAAAUUCAUGGUAGUAGAUGACCCUCGCAAGUUUGCACUCUUUGAACGAACUGAACGUCAUGGCCAAGCAUACUUCCGGAAACUGUCAGAUGAUGAGCAGCCCUUGAAGCUACGGCUUCUUGCAGGGCCCAGUGAAAAAGCCCUGAGCUUUGUUCUGAAGGAGAAUGACUCUGGAGAGGUGAAUUGGGAUGCCUUCAGCAUGCCUGAACUGCACAAUUUCUUACGAAUCCUGCAGCGGGAAGAAGAGGAACACCUUCGCCAGAUCCUGCAGAAGUAUUCUCGUUGUCGCCAGAAGAUCCAGGAGGCCCUGCACGCCUGUCCUUUGGGGUGACCUUAGGUUGCUCUGAGUGACAGGAGGAGAACAGGCAGUGCGAAGAGCGUGCCGUGUGAGUGUGACAGGGCCCGUGGGGUCUGAGGAGUGCGUGUGCAUGGAGGUCCUCCUCUGCUGAUGGGGAUGAGCCCAGAGAACAGAGAAGGAGCUGGCCCUCUACCAGUGGAUACGGCAGGGCAUGGAUUUGCAUUCCUCUGCCCUUACGUACUGGGUCAAACUCUGGGUAGCUGCUCCAGUCUUUCAUCAGGGUCGCAGCUGUGAUAAUCUUAAGACUCCACAGACAGAACAAGGUUGUUUUCACGGGUGAGGACCCUUACCUAUGGAGAAAGAUUGUUUUGGGUCAUGAAUAGGUCUCAGGAUAGCCCUAUCAGAGCCAAAGGCAGCUGCUCAGAAUAAUAUAAGCAAUUAAGGUAGAGUCUGGGUUUCCCUCUUACGGUGCCUUCUGACUUAACAUACACCCUGGGGUCAGGGAGGGCUGGCCAGUACAACUGCAUUGGGUCAGUGCUGCCCCUAAGGGAAAGGUUGCUGGACCAGACCCUCUUCUUGUUUGCCAAAGCCAGAUUCUCCGUCAUAUUUUGGUGGAAGUGUAUGAAUGUAUGUAAUGUUUUGUGGCCUCAACUGAAUGCGUCCUGUGGGGAAGGGGAUGGGGGUGCAACAGUCAUCAUCAGGGCUUGAUGCCUGAGGGAAUUGGCUGAAUAAAGAUGUAAGAGCA